GGGGAGGGGGGAGGGGACGAUCAUGUACCCUCUUCUCCUCGUUGCCUGCGAUCCGGCGCGGUGCUGCUGUAAUAAUAGUUUGUCGCCCCCUUUGUCAACAUUCUCACCAACCUACCUUAGCUGGGUCAAGUCUGGUGCUUGCUUGCUUGCUUGCCAGCUGUCGGUCAAGUUGCGUUGCUCGGGCCUGCUUCCCCGUCUUCGCCUGGUCGACCCUCUAUGCCGGCCUCGAUCCGUCCCUCCAUCCAUCCAUCCAUCCGCUUCUCUCGUGACAUUUAUUAUCACCCUCGGCGCCGCCCUCUUGUCGAGCCCGGUCGCAUACCUCGCCCACCAUCCUCGACAACUCGUCUUCGUCUUCCCUUUGCUCUCUCCCCUUGCCCCCCCUACCGCGCACUUCUCUCUUCGCCGGGCAGACGUCUUCAACAACGGCCCGCCUCCUGACAUCCUAGAUUCCUUGGGCGCCGCUUUUCUCACCACGGAGGGGUUGCCUACCUCAUCAGGGCAGCUCAGCUUGAGGCAGCGAGACGGCGACUUCUUGUCGCCUCCCGGCCUGUCUCGAUCCUCUCAUCAUCCCCGUGGGCUUGGUUUCCGUGACCAUGAACAGCUGAGGCCCGCCAUCGCGAAGCGCAGCGACUCAUGCACUUCCCAGCCGACUUCCGUCUCUUUUCUCUACUACUACUACUACUCCGUACCCACCGAUAAGAUCUCCAUCUCUCAACUUGAGCCGCCAUGCUGCUUUACACGCGGGUCGCGCCGCCCAAGGUUCCCAAGCGACGCUCCCGAGCUGGUUGCAAUUUUUGCAAAGAAAAGAAGAAAAAGUGCGACGAGGCCCGUCCACGGUGCACGCGUUGUGAGGAAAACGGCCAUGAGUGCCGCUACGACCCCGUCAAGCCCCGCCAGCGCCGUAGGGCCGACCAGCAGCAGGCUGCAGAGCUUGGCCAACAAUACCAACAGCCCGACGACGACGACGGGGUCGACGACGGAGUCGACAACGACGGCGGACAAGGCGGCGGCGGCAGCGGCGGCGCAAAUCAUGCGGACGGCCAGCAGGGCUCCGCGGGCGCAGCGGCUGCGGGUAUAGGCACUGUCCGUCCCAGCCGCGCAGGGACCCCCCAGCGCGCUGCCCACCGCCCGCCGCCGCUCUCGUUGACAACGGCGGGGCUCGCACGGCAACACCGCCAACGCGCCGCCGCCGCCCCCCUGUGCCAUGCCCGGGGAGGAAGCUCGUCAUCCGACGCCUCCCCCGAUACCGCCUCUGACGACUGGCCCCAAAGCGCCGCCACCGCCGUCGCCGGCCAACCCAACAACCCGCUUCACCAUCAUCGGCCGUAUGCAGCGCCGACGACCGACUCGGCGGUGUCGUCCGCCGCACCUUACACCCCUUGCACGGAUUUUGGCGCCUUCUCCUUUGACCCCUUUGACGCUUCUAUAAUUCUUCCGCCCAACGACGGCACUGUGGGCCAUGAUGAUGACGGUGAUGUCUCCCCGACCAUCGCCAACGAUUUUGCCGGCUUCUCGCCCGAUGCCUCGUCGCCAGCAGCAGCAUCGCCCACCUCCAGCCGGUCCCUCACCCUUGUGCCGCCCUCGCCUCGCCUAGAGUUCACGGCGCCCGCCUUCUACGAGUUCUCGCAUGAUGCGGGCCGCCGCAACCUCAUCGCGCACUUCUGCAACACGCUCUCGCACCUCAUCGUCCUGCGCGAGGAUGAGGGCAACAACCCCUUCCAGCAGCUCGUGCUGCCGCUCUCCCACGGCAGUCAGGCCGUCACGGGCGCCAUCUACGCCCUCGCCAGCGCCCACCUCGAGGUCCGCGGCGUUGACCCGGGCGGGGCCCACGCCAGCGUCCGCUAUCACAGCCAGGCCAUCCAGGGCCUGGCCCGCCUGAUUGAGCAGGGCGACGGCGUCGAUAGAAACGAGCUGCUUGCGGCCAUCAUGCUGCUCAUAUACUAUGAAGUGCUUGUUCAGCGUGGCCGCUCCAACCUCGUUGACGGCCACCUCAAAGGCGCCAUGGCCAUCAUGGGCAACGGCUCUCCUCAGAACAACCCAACUGGCGUCUUCCUUGAGCGGGCCUUCCGGUUUUACGAUGUCAUCGCCGCCCUCUCGUUUGGCACCGCCCCUCUGUCCAACUGCCCGUCCAGCGGUGGCUUCACCCCCUUUGCGCCGCUUGACUCGCGCGGCACCACUGUGGCGUACGACAGCGUCGAUGCGCUACUGGGCAUGGCCACCUCGUUGUGGCCCGUCAUCCACCGCCUGUCCAAUCUGCUCGCCAUGAAGAACGAGCUCACCGCAGCCGUCACCGCGGGGGAGCUCUCCAAGGCCGCCGUGCUUCGCGCCGAGUUCGACUCCACGUGCGCCGCCAUCGAGUUCGCGCUGCAGGAGUGGGAGCCCAUACUCCCCCAGGUCCUGCAGCAGCAGCAGCAGCAGCAGCGCUGCCCCGACGAGGAGGACAAGGCUAUGGACGAGGAGCGCUGCCGGCUGCAGAGCAUCCUGAACAGCGCGCUCGCGUACCGCCACUCGGCAUUCGUGUACCUCUACCGCAGCAUAUACGACUGCCCACGGGAGCACCCGGUGGUGCAGCUGCACACGCACGUCAGCCUGACGCACUGCGAGGCGACGGUGGCCCACGGCGGCCCCAUGGGGUCGCUGCUGUGGCCUCUCUUCGUCAGCGCGUGCGAGGCCAUGGAGCCGGCCGACCGGGCACUGGCACGGCGCUCGUUUGCGGGCAUCUCGCGCCGCCAGGGGAUGAAGAACAUUGAGCGGGCGUGGUGCGUGGUCGAGGAGGUGUGGCUGCGGGCGGACGCACAGCAGAACACCGCGGCAGCGGCGGCGGCGGCGGCGGACCAAGAGGAGGAGAACAUGGGGUUCUUCAAGAUGCCGCCGGCAACGAAGCGCCGGGGAGACCUCUGGCGCAAGGUGAGCGCGGACAUGGGCUGGACAAUCGUUUUUGGGUGAUGUGCCUGGCGGAGGGUGGGUGAUUUUUUGGGAACCGUGAUACCGGGCGUUUGGAGUAGCCAAGUUAGUAGCUACUAACAACGAUACAGUAAUGGCCCUGUUCGCAAGCGCAGCGGAGGGUAACUGCUAAGUUAGAAGAGGGUAAAUCGGCGCCCUGCGCUGAUGGAUGGUGGCGGAGUGAGAGAAUAAGCGUAAAGUUGAACACACGCGAGCGCUGGUGUCCCCCCAUUGUGCGCUGCUGCUUCAUAAUACAC